AUCCGUGGUCCAGCAUGCAGCCCAAAUCUCUGGUCCAGGUUGUGGUUGUAGUACACUGGCGUUAUGAUGAGUAUUAGUUAUGGGAUAGCGAUCUGAAGAUGGCCAACAUCGUCCGAAAAAGGCAAUCAUGAUUCAACACCAGGCACGGGAAUAGCCGGGCAGACCAGCGAGCAGGCCGCAUCGAAAACUAGUCCAUGUCACAGCAGUCGCAGAGAGCUAUUACCCUCAAUGAACAUUUGAAGAUAUCAGAAGCGACCUGCAAUGCACUAGAGCUACGAGAGCUGGCCUUAAUACCUAGACGAGAAGCGCAAGAGAGACUCGCCGACAACCAACGCAGCAUAUUGCGAGAUUUGUAUCAUGUCAUGCAGACCAAGACAACUAUGACUUUGCCUCCAUCCGCGAUCGCAAGAGCUGGUGAAGACCCACCGGAACUUCAGAGCUUCUUAGACAGGUACUCGUUAGCAAAGGCCGGUGACACAUCGAUCAGCGAUCUGCUACUUUCAAACGCACUCGUUGACGAGGAAGAAGCAAUGCAGGAACCCUCUCCGCUUCGACAUUCAUCAUAUAGCCCUCACGAAGCAUCGCUAUCUCCUACAUCACCACCAUUUUCCCCUCUUCCCUCAGCCGGACCUCCUGACGAAGUAUUGUCACCAGACAUUGACAGUAUCCUUCAUUCAUCCUCUCCUCCACAGGAAUUGCCAGAGUAUCCUUUUACCCCCGAAUUUAUCCCGCAGGUUUCGCCAAUGGGAAUUAAGGAAGAAUCGCCUCCGCUGUCCGAACCAACCAUAGCGCCGAGGUUUCCAGCUCUUCAUCCCACCGUCUCUCUCCCACCGUCUUAUACACCCAUUCAGCCAUCCCUAAACAUGGGAGGAGGUUGGUAUGAGCCGCCACCACCUCCACCAGAUGCUGAACUGGUCAUUGACGAGCGUAUUUACCCUCUAAUCACGGACUAUGCGGCAUCAUUAUAUCCUCUUCCGCCACCUGAAGCUCAGAAGAAGAGAAAGAAGGAGAAGAAAGAGUCCAAGAGGUGGACAGUAAAUGGCACUGCCGCUGUUGAUUUGAACAAGUGGGAAGCCAUUAUGAUUGUGAAUCCCACCGUGCGGUUGGUGAAGAAAGCCAAUAAGUGUUUGACUACUCCGGAGUGGCAUGUCAUGUUUAAUGAGUUGCGGUAUACGAAGACUAUGGCUCGUAUUAAUGAGCUGAAAGCAGCCGGGUUGUGGACUUUCCGCCAGCCGAAAAAGCAAAAGGGCCCUACAUUGUACAAGACGCAUCACGAUUACCUCCUAGACGAGAUGAAAUGGAUGCAAGUUGAUUUCAAGGAGGAACGUAAAUGGAAAUUAUCCAUUGCCUUCCAGCUUGCACAUUCUGCGUUGGAGUGGCAUCAUGCCACACCCGAAAAACGGAGAGAGCUUUCUGUUGGAUGGCGAAUCCCUCGAACACAUGACGAACUCGAUGCUGACCGCGUAAAAGAAGAGGUCAUGGAAAUAGAUAUGGCUGACUCUGAGCGUGAACCAAAGCAAUCUGCAUCGCGUAUGGAGUUGAACGGUGAUAAUUGCUCACAGAGGCGAACACGGACCACUGUUACUGUUCAGCAUCGGAGUCGCGUCAUCGUGGAUGAUGACGAUGAUGGCGAUGAUGAUGAUGAUGAUGAUGACGACGACGAUGACGAUGACGGCGAUGACGACGAAGCGGCUGCUAAGGCUGUCGAAGCACAAGCGGCGCUGGACGCUGGAACUGCUGUAAAAGAAGCUGCCGAGGACCUUGAGGCUCAUGCCCGGGAGAAGGAGAAGGCACCAGAGGAAGCCACACAAGUGAUGGAUGUUAUGGAGAUCACUGAUGUUGACACAAAAAUGGAGGAAGACGCUGAAGCGGAAGGUGAUGCUGACGCCGGUCCAACUGCCCAGGGUGAAAAUGAUGCCGUUGAACCUCUCGGGAUACCUGAUGUGACAGAACCUUUACCCGUCGCCCAACCAGAGGCCAAGGGAAGCGUCCCUGUGGAACCAAAUGGAGGGGCACCCUCAAGGGGUCCCUCUGCAUUACGACCUGGUGCUGAAAAUGCUCCAUUGUCCUCAACGGCCCUCAGUAUCCUCGAUCCAAAGACGCUCCGAACCCCAAUACUUAAUGUGGACCUCGAAGAAACUUUCAUCGAUCUCUCCGGAAUGAUUGAAAAUUCGCUGUCCAUCGACGAACGAGCAUCCUACACACCUGAUCGCGAUUCAAUCUCACUUCCCAAUCUCUUCCCUGAAUUAGAUGUUUUCUCCUUCUCAGAUCCUCCAACUGGAGAUCCGAACGACAAGAAAAGCCGACGUGUGGACGAUUCAGGCAUGUCAGUUGGAAGGCUGACUCUCGCGUCACGGAUAAUGGAUUCGAAAAACAUCCUUGUUAGCUCACUUCAUCCUGGAAGGAAGUAUCGUCAUGGGAUAUGGGAUACACUCAGUGAGACCCCCGUCACCGAUGAAUCUCGAGAUGGACAGGAGGGUAAAUCAGAUUCUGCACCACCAGCGGCUCCUAUGUUCUACGGCUCAAAAUCCCGAGAUCAUGUCCAUCCAAAUGCGUUCGCUGUCCCCCCCGACCCGGCAGAUAAGGAAUUCCGACUCUCCCUAUUUACCUGGACACCCGAAGAUGACGCCUUGUUAAACUCCCUCGUGAACCAAUUUGGACUCAACUGGUUCAUUAUUGCAGAUGUAUUUAAUUCGUCUCGACUUACGAUCGAUACAGAUUUGAGGUUACCUUGGGAUGUUUGGCAGAGGUGGAUCCAGAUCAGGGACGAGGAAGAGGCUGGGCGACAGGGGACCCCUGAUACGAAUGCUGCAGGAGGUGCAGGGGGUAUGAAAAGUUUUGUUGGGAAGGCUAAUAGGAAGUCCGUUCCAGUGAUGCAGAGCAGGAAUGGAGGGCUCAGCAAGAGGAAUAUUCGACAUGCGUUAUUACAUGAAGUUGUGAGGAAGACGGCUAGGAAGAGGGACUCUAAACCUCAGCAGGCAAUGAAGAGACCUACUCCGAUUGCCCAUGACACGCAUCAAGUUGCGGCUCAACAAAAAGUCCAUACACCAGCCGAACUUGCCAGGCUCAAGUACGAGAAGGACAAUCAGUUGCUCCAGCAGCAUAUCGCAAUGGAACGACGGCGACACGAUUUCGCGCGACAGCAGGUCCCACGAAAUGGUGGAGGGGCAGGAGGAGCACCUGGUCAACCCUUGUUGCGCCCAGGUAUGACGCCUUCGCAACAGCAACAGGCAAUCAUUCAAGCUCAGGCUCAAGCCAGACUUCUUGGUCCUCAGUUGGUACAAUCUCCACAGCAGCUUGCUCAACAGCAGCCAACAACAAGCAACAAGCUCAACAGCCAUCCCAACAAUCAGCGGGUAUGAACGGUCCACCUGCGCACCUCCCCGUCGGGGUCUCGGUCCAAGGAGGGGUAUCACAGUCUGCAAGUUCUUCCUCCCCGACUCCAGGCAGCGGGAACAACGGUGGGAAUGGAGCCAUUGGAGCUGGGGGUGGUAAUGGAGGUGGAGGUGGAGGCGGACAGGCAUCACCUCCAAUUCAACGUCCAUCCUCGGCAGCAAUCUCUCAACCACCCGUACCAAACGCUCAGGGCGUUCAGGGCGUUCAAGGCGUUCCGGUUCCGGUCCCUGUACCUGUGCAAACCCUACCGACUGGCCUGAACCCUGCUCAGGCUCAAGCCGCAGCGCUUCCUUUCACGCAUCGUGUUCCUCCUGGGACCAGUAGUCAUCCGACAGGUUCGGGAGUUCAUUCUGCUGGGCUUGGUACUUCAGGAGUGCCGGGAGUAGGAGCAGGAGGCAUGCCAGGAUUAGCUCAACUGACGCCUGAACAGUAUCGAUCGUUGGCUUUGCAUCAUGGGCAAUU